AUGGCUCGCUCUGCGUUGCAAACGCCAUUGAGCAGUCUGCCCUCCGAAUUGCGGGGGCGUACUCCGUCUCGCGGAAACACUCCCAUGAUGCAGGUGGAAGAGCCCCUCUGGUUCCCCCCGAUUCCAGCUGACCGUGCGGGCUGCCUGUCAGGCAUUCAGUUCCGCGCCGAGCGCCGAGCGCAGGAGUUCGUCCACCCUUUCAUCCCACAGACGUCCAUCUAUGCUGGCCGUGAUAUGUUCCCACGCCAAGCAGUGCCCGGAUACAGUGGCUUCAUUGUGAGGUCAACGGACACGAAUAUGCUGAGCCGGCCAUAUGCUAAAGGCAACUGGGAGGCAGAGCUGUGGCCUUUUGACAUGAUUCAAUCUGUCAUCAACCGUUCGACCGCUUGA